CGGAGGAGCGGAGGGCAGCCGGACGGGCGGACAGGACAGGACAGGACAGGACGGAGGGACGCGGAGGCAGGCAGGGCGUCCCGCUGUGCACAGCCCAGCCCAGCCCGCUCCCGGGACGCCGGGGCGCGGGGGGAGCCUCAGGCGGGCGGGCCGGAGCGCGCCCCCUGGCAGGAGCCUGCAGCGCCGCGGCCAUGGCCGAGAUUAAUUUAAAAUUUCUCACGUGGGCUGGCAUCCUCUGUUGCUUGAUAUGGAGCGGGUUUGCUCAGCAAGGUGGAAGUGACUGCAUAAAAGCUAAUGCAAAAUCAUGUGGUGAAUGUAUACAAGCAGGACCAAACUGUGGUUGGUGUAAAAAAACAGACUUCUUGCAAGAAGGAGAACCAACAUCUGCUCGAUGUGAUGACUUGGCAGCACUGAGAAGUAAAGGCUGUCCUAUGGAAGAUAUAGAAAAUCCUAGAGGUAGCAAACAGGUGCUUGAAGAUAGAGAAGUAACAAACCGUAAAAUAGGUGCUGCAGAGAAGCUGAAACCAGAGGCCAUUACACAGAUCCAGCCGCAAAAAUUAGUACUGAAACUAAGAGUCGGGGAACCGCAAACAUUUUCAUUAAAAUUUAAGAGAGCUGAAGAUUACCCCAUUGACCUUUACUAUCUUAUGGACCUCUCCUAUUCUAUGAAAGAUGACUUAGAGAAUGUGAAAAGUCUGGGAACAGCUCUGAUGCAAGAAAUGCAAAAAAUAACUUCAGACUUUCGAAUUGGGUUUGGCUCUUUUGUGGAGAAAACUGUGAUGCCAUAUAUAAGUACAACGCCAGCCAAACUCAGAAAUCCUUGUACAGGUGACCAGAACUGUACAAGUCCAUUUAGCUAUAAAAAUGUGCUCAGUCUUACCAGUGAAGGAAAUAGAUUUAAUGAACUUGUAGGUAAACAGCACAUUUCUGGGAAUUUGGAUUCUCCUGAAGGUGGAUUUGAUGCAAUAAUGCAGGUUGCAGUUUGUGGGGAUCAAAUUGGAUGGAGAAAUGUUACAAGACUAUUAGUGUUUUCCACGGAUGCUGGAUUUCACUUUGCAGGAGACGGUAAACUUGGUGGAAUUGUUUUACCAAAUGAUGGGAAAUGUCACCUGGAAAAUAAUAUGUACACAAUGAGCCACUAUUACGAUUAUCCCUCUAUUGCUCAUCUGGUACAGAAGCUUAGUGAGAACAAUAUUCAGACAAUUUUUGCUGUUACUGAAGAGUUUCAGGCAGUUUAUAAGGAACUGAAAAAUCUGAUACCAAAAUCAGCAGUGGGAACGUUGUCUUCAAACUCCAGCAAUGUGAUUCAGCUGAUCAUUGAUGCAUACAAUUCCCUUUCUUCAGAGGUUAUCCUGGAAAACAGUAAGCUACCAAAAGGAGUGGCAAUCAGUUACAAGUCUUACUGCAAGAAUGGAGUGAAUGACACACAAGAAGAUGGAAGGAAAUGUUCUAAUAUUUCAAUAGGAGAUGAGGUUAGAUUUGAGAUUAAUGUAACAGCUAAUGAAUGUCCAAAGAAAGGACAAAAUGAAACAAUUAAAAUCAAACCACUGGGAUUCACUGAAGAAGUGGAAAUUAAUCUCCAGUUCAUCUGCGAAUGUCAGUGUCAAAGCGAAGGAGAACCUAAUAGUCCAGCCUGCCACGAAGGGAAUGGAACAUUUGAAUGUGGUGCAUGCAGAUGUAAUGAAGGACGAAUUGGAAGACUUUGUGAAUGUAGUACAGAUGAAGUAAAUAGUGAGGAUAUGGAUGCUUACUGCAGGAGGGAGAACAGUACAGAAAUAUGUAGUAACAAUGGAGAAUGCAUUUGUGGACAAUGUGUAUGCAAGAAAAGAGAAAACACCAACGAAGUGUAUUCUGGCAAAUAUUGUGAAUGUGAUAACUUCAACUGUGAUCGAUCAAAUGGUUUGAUUUGUGGAGGAAAUGGUAUCUGCAAAUGCAGAGUGUGUGAGUGUUUCCCCAACUUCACUGGCAGUGCUUGUGAUUGCUCCCUGGAUACUACUCCAUGUAUGGCAUCUAACGGGCAGAUUUGCAAUGGAAGAGGAACCUGUGAAUGUGGAACUUGUAAUUGUACAGAUCCCAAAUUCCAAGGCCCCACAUGUGAAAUGUGUCAGACUUGCCUUGGUGUCUGUGCAGAGCACAAGGACUGUGUUCAAUGCAGAGCUUUCAAUAAGGGUGAAAAGAAAGAAACAUGUUCUCAGGAAUGUAUGCAUUUUAACAUGACACGGGUAGAAAGUCGAGACAAAUUGCCGCAACCCGGCCAGCCCGAUCCACUGUCUCACUGCAAAGAGAAGGACGUGGAUGACUGCUGGUUCUACUUCACAUACUCCGUCAACUCAAAUGGUGAAGCCAAUGUCCACGUGGUAGAGACCCCAGAAUGCCCUAGUGGCCCUGACAUCAUUCCCAUUGUAGCUGGUGUGGUUGCUGGAAUUGUUCUUAUUGGACUUGCAUUGUUAUUGAUUUGGAAACUACUAAUGAUCAUUCAUGACAGAAGAGAAUUUGCUAAAUUUGAAAAGGAGAAGAUGAAUGCCAAGUGGGAUACGCAAGAAAACCCAAUAUACAAGAGUCCUAUUAACAAUUUCAAGAAUCCAAACUAUGGACGUAAAGCUGGUCUCUAAGGCUCAGUUUGUAUCUUCUUUCAUUUUCUUCCUUUUUUUUCCUUUGCAUGUCACUUCGAACUCACUGUGUGUCACAGUCAGUUAAUCACAGUUUGAGUCUUGUGCAGUUUAUCUACUGCUGCUUUGAUUCUGGGGUUUUAAAGAAUGCAGCUUGAAAGUCUAACUUGUUUUGACAGAAAGAUUGCUUACUUACUAAUACCACCAGUACUGGCUUAAACUAUUCUACCAGUGAUAUAUUUUUUUAAAUGAACUAUUUGUGAAUAACUAUGUGGGUAUGUAAUAGAACAGUUCUUUGGAUUAAAGAAGCUCUUUGGAUUGUGAAGAAAUGCACUGUUCAGGGAGGGAUUUAUCUUCUACACCCUCAAAUCAGCAAUCAGUUUACUUAAAACAGAUGUGUUUGCAAAGCUGGUUUAGAUAUUCCUGAGAUAUCCAGCCUAUAAAUAUAAUAUUUUUUAAGUGCUUUGGCUUAUUAACCUAGCAUAGAAUGAGCCUGAAUUUAAAGUGUGAAAUGCAUAUACUCUACUCAUUUGGUAAUUAAAUAUGCAUCUUAUUUUUUCCAUCCCUAUUUCUGUUGUAACUGGCAAUGUCAAUCCUUGUAGCUCAGUCAGCUUGGGGCCUUCCUUAGAAAAGAGCAUUCAUAUGAGAGGAGGAAGCGUUCUUGUCCCCUCCAGAUGUACUUUUUGCCCUAGUUUCUUAGUCCUUCCUAAACUUUGUCUGAACUCCUAAUUUGUUUGGAAAUGCUGACUUCAGUUCUCUUCAUACCCAGAGAGAAACAGUAGUAUCCAGAAGAGCAAGACAGUAAACCAGAAGUGAUGGAUAUCCUGUGUAGACUUUAAGAUUGCACUGUCUUGAAUGCUUUAGGAUUCUCCUCCUUCCCUGGGAUUCCCAGUUGCUGGGGAAGGAGUGGGAAAGGGAGGAUGAGUAGGGGAGCAGAUGUCAGAGUGCUGAGAGAUAAGAUGUGCAGAAAAUCUGAUUAAAGGGAGGGAGUGGGACCUGAAAACGUUGGGAAGGCAGCACAUCCCUUUAAAUAUCAAAGGGCUUUUUUCAGGAGCUAGUGGAAGGGAAGGAUCUCUUAUCUCAAAUUUUAUUCUGUCUGCUGUUUCAAUUUUUCAGUGUUGCACUUGAAAGAUUUUGUAAAGAGAAAAUGGGAAUUAAGAGUAUUUAAGCUCUUACCUGUCCUCACUAUGACAUUUUCAAAUACUUUGUCUAGCAUUCUGAGCUCCAGCUUGAUGAAAAGUACUUUCCUUUUCUCUUUACAAUCUUUUUAUUUUCCAGUGUGUCCAAAAUGGAUUUUAAAAAAAAAAAAAAAAAAAAAAAAAAUGUUUUGCUUGCCACAGUGACCACAUUCACCUUCUUUUCAAUUUUUUUUCUUCUCAGAGUCGAUUAUUUUGGGGAGGAGAUUGAGUUCUUACUCCUCUCUGAUAUUUCACGUAUUCCAUCUGUUAAGUCUCUGUUACGUUCUUUUCUGCUGUUCACUGACUUGUGUAUUUUCUGUUCCGUGCAGAACAAGCAUGUAACAAACCACAUGGUGUGUAACUUCCAUUCUUUCUUCUCACUCUCUACCCAUGACUCCUCCCAGGAUACAAUGUCUUCAGUGUUGCCAUUUCUUCUCAAAAUUUACUUCUUGCAGAAAGCUUUCUUUCCAUGGAGAGUGAAUCCUGUGUUCUUGUUUCACUUACUGUGAAAAUCAAAAAAUAGGAAGGAGUAUAGGUUUUCAAGUAUGAUUUUAAUCCUUUCUAGUAUCCAUGGAAAUAUCCGAUCCUUGGAGAGAGAGGGCAGGCAGUUUUAGCUUUAUUGGCCACCAGAAAGUAUUGGCAGAACAGAUCACCCAUAAGAAGAAAAAGGAGAAAGUCUUCCUUUUCCAUAUAUCUCAGAUUUUCUGGGCUUCCAUUUAAUACGAGAGGAAGAAAGAACUGUCUCACAUUGACAAGGAAGUUUUCUGGAAUCCCAUUACAAGAAAAAUCCAACGGAAUAAGUUCCCUCCAGAUGUAUACAUACACAAUAAAAGAAAUUGUGUGCACUUUGUGUAUCCCUUCCAUAGCAGUCAUAGUGAUACGUGGCCCGGUUACUGCCACAAGCAGAGCUGCAGCAGCACACAGCUCGCCAUGGGCCAGGUGCCCGGGUACUUCACCAGCCCUGGGCUGUGGCACGGCGAAGGGAUUGUCCCCGCAGCUCCCUUGCAUCUGGUGCUCAGGGCAGCUAGGCUGAACUGAGUUCAGUUUGUCCUUGGCCUGCAGCACCGACUGCAUGGUUUAGAUUUGUGCCAUUAAAAAAGUAUUUGCUUAGUCGUAGGCUAGUUGUUUUCUUCUAGUCUUCCAGUCGUGGUAGGUGAUGCCCUCUGUCAUCUGUACUGCCCUCAGCCUGGGCCUUUGCUUUAUCCUCUGAUUCAGUUGCUGUAUUUACAGAUUGACAGAUGACUUGUCUUUUUACUGUAAAAUAAUGAGUAAUAAUAAUGAUAAUAUAAUGAAUAAAACAAAAGUAUGAGAGCUGACAAACGUAAGAGCCAGCUCUUGAACAAUUUGGGUGAGUUUAAAUAUUCUGGAGUGCAGUUUCCUACAGACCUAGGGUUUAAACCCACUAUAUAGGUAUUUCAGGUGACUGUUGAAGCAGGAAGUCCAUGGAAAAAAAAAAAAAAAGAAGUAAAAAGGUUGAUCAAACAUCCUGUAUAAUAAGUUUAUCCUUAUAAAGCACCAGACUAAACUGUUUACUUCUCAACAUCCCAGUCUGGUUAAAAAUAAGUACUGUUGCAAGAACAUGACGCUUUAUUCUCUCGUGAAGGUAUUUUUUUAAAUGCCUCUAUCUUUUGUCCAAUGUAUUUCAUUCUAUCUUCCAUAUAAUUAUUGUUUGUUGAUUUUUGUUUUAUUUUAUUGUUGUUUUUGUUUAAGUGUGUGUGAUGUUUUAAUUUAUAAGAACUUGUGGCAGAAGUUUUUCCUAACUUUGCAUGCUUAAACCAGUGUGUUUUCUGCAUUGGCAUAAAGGAAAUGGGUUUACUCACAAAGCCGUAGCUCUUGUCUAAGCAAGUUUGGAAUACCAUGUUUUAGUGGCCAGUUAAAAAUAUGGAAUGCUGCUAACCUCUUGAAGUUCGUACCAUGUGCCAGCUGUCAGGGGCCUAAGUGAGGUGAGAGUUGGGUUAGACUAGUGGAUGUAUUAUUUACUACUUCCAUGUUAGUUUUAAUAAUAAACUGUCCAGAAGACUUUGCUGAGACAGAGACUGAGCGUGGCUGGCAAGGCCAGUGCUGCCAGUGCCUGGCUAACAGAAGCCAUUCGGGCACCUCUGUUCUGGUUACAGGCAGUAAAGCCACACAAGCUGCUAAGCUGAUUAAGCGUAAGGUUGGGUUAAGCUGAACAGUUCUGAAUGUGGUGACUGAAUCUCCAUUAUUUGUAGUGGGAACUGAGACGCUCAGCUGAUGUGGGGAGGCACCUGGUUAAGUGCUGCUCUGUGACCUAAAUCCCAGUGUGAGUUCUUGUAAAUGUAAAAUGCAAGCCCAGGGGAAGACAGUACAGCAUCUCACUUUCUUUGUAAAUAGGCCUUAUGCUAGCUAAAUAAAGAGCUUGUACAUCUCAAAUCAUGAUUUCUCUUGAAGAAGCAUUAUAAUAAAUAUUUACAGUCAUAUUUUGCAAAUUGCAUUUUGGACCUGAUUCCAAAUAGAAAUUACUUACAUGAGUCGUACCCUGCAGAUUUCCAGGUUUUACUCCUAACCUUUGGACUGAUUCCUGCAAUACCUGAUGGAUGGAAGUUACUGCUCUUUUACAAAUAAGAAAAUGUAAACAUAUACCUCCAUGCUUGUGCAGGGGGUAGUCUGUUUUGUAAAAUGUUGAAGGUUAAAAGCACAGAGUAACAAGUGUUAUAUAAUGCCUUGCUGUUGAAAAGCUAUGUGCAUUAUUUUCUAAUCUGUAUUCAAUAUAGCCUACUAAGCUUAUAGACUUUCUCUGAAUUACAAAUUUUACUGCUUUUUUUUUGUGUGUGUGGAUUUUUCCUAUUUUGUUUAUUUCCGAAGUUUUUGUUAAAACUUGUCUAGGAAACAAUCAACAUACGUUGCCAAGCCCUUUGAGGCAUAAUGAGAUAUUUCAGUUACUGAUGAAAUCCCUCGCCCCUGGAUGCUUUUUUCAGUUUAAUUUGUAUCUUACUGUUGCAAAACUUUUUAAUAAAAAAUAUUCUGGGAAGAAGGUACAAGUAAUUUUUGCCUUGAUAAUUUUUCUGGCUGAGAACUAGCCACAACAUUCUGUUUCUGUCAUAAAUAAAUUCUUUCCCUCAGCUCCCCAUCCUUUUCCAAACCAGUAGAUGACAGAUUUUUAAUCAAGAGAGAGUUGUCCUGGCAUCUGAUGGAAGAGCCUUUUACUGUUACUGUGUAUUUGUGAAGUUUAGCCAACACUGGACACCUAGUUCCACGUUUACCUCAAACCAGAUGAUGCUGACUCAGGUCUUGAGGAGAUGAAGUAGAGAAUCUUGAUUUCCAGGGAAGAGACAUUGUCCAGCAGUGCAGUUUCUGGACUUGAGAGAUUAGGCUGGGGUGGCAGAUCUAGCAAGAUUGCAUGUGCUUCUUUGGUUCUGGCAUGUAGAAAAGCCUACUUUAAGGAGAAAUACCCUUUUUGUCUGAGAGAAACUGUGACAGAAAGGCAGAAUACCAGCUAAUUGGCCUUGCCCUAGCAGCAGGAGCUGCCUCUGUUGGGGUACAGUCACUUGCCCCUUACCAGGUCUCACAAAUAGAAGGCAACAAACCUCCUAGGAAUUGAUAUGGUUUCAGACCAAGUUGUUUCUUGCUUGCCUUGUCACCUUUUGGCACAUCCUGUGGUAUUUGUAGUUGAUGUUCAAGGUUUACGACCCUGGAAAAAACACGCAUGCUUAAUCUCUAUAAAUCACAUAUAUUUACAGGGGCUUUGGGUUUCUUAGAAAUAAAAUGAAUAUUCGGAACGGCAUCUCAUGGCAAGAUGCAACCCGUUUAAUGGGUAAUACUAGUCACUUAGGUUUAGACACUUUACAGAACACCUGCUAUGUGCCAUCUGAUCUGAAGUGCUGUGUGAAGUACAAUAAAAGACUACUUGAAAACCUACUUUAUUAAAGCAAUAAGUCUCUACUAGACACAGUUUGCUCUACACCCAAAGCCGGACUAUCAAA